AAGCACAACAAUAUGUAUCAUCUCAAAUGUGCUCCACGAAGUAUACUGUAGAUCUGAAGAGAGGGAAAGUCGACUUUUAAGGUUUCAAUGGUUCUGCCGUGACACCUGCAGUAAACCGCUUGCGGAUGGCUGCAGAGGAAGCCCUUUUCUUCCCCGCGCCACCCGGGGAGCCUAUACUGGCUUUUCUCGUCGUCAUGGCCAGGCGAGUUCUUGGCUCGUCAACGUCUCUGAAACAUCUCAUCCUCCUGCAUUUUGCAUCCAGCCACACUGCCUGACACAACGUUUUGUUUCUCUGUAGCCCCCGAUAAACAUAAGAAGCAGACCCCGCGCAGCGUCGGAGCUUCAGUGACGUCAUUCAUGAUGAAGAUUGCCGUCUUUAGCGCCAAGCCGUACGACAAGCGGUUCUUGGACGCCGCGCUCGAGGCCAAGAAGAAGCAGCAGCAGCUGCUGCUGCAGCAACAGUCUUCGACGGCGGCGAGCGGGAGCGGCGGCGGCGGCAUAGAGCUGGCGUACCACGACUUCGCGCUGGGCGAGGACACGGCAUUCCUGGCCAAGGGCGCCGACGCGGUGUGCGUCUUCGUCAACGACGCCGUGUCGGCGCCCGUGGUGGAGGCGCUGGCGGACGAGGGCAUCAAGGCGAUCCUGCUGCGGUGCGCGGGCUUCAACAACGUGGCCCUCGAGGUGGCGGAGCGUCGCGGGCUGCUCGUGGCCAACGUGCCGAGCUACUCGCCCGAGGCCGUGGCCGAGUUCGCCGUGGCGCUGAUCCAGACGCUCAACCGCAACACGCACCGGGCCUACAACCGCGUGCGCGAGGGCAACUUUGCCCUCGACGGCCUGCUGGGGCGGACGCUGCACGGCAAGACGGUGGGCAUCGUGGGGACGGGCAAGAUCGGCGUCGCCACGGGCCGCAUCCUCAAGGGCUUCGGGUGCCGCGUCCUGGCCGCGGACCCCUACCCGACGCGGGCCUUUUCCGACGAAGUAGGCGAGUACCGCUCCAGCAUCGACGAGCUGCUCCCCGAGUGCGACAUCGUGAGCCUGCACUGCCCGCUCAUGGACGCGACGCGGCACAUCAUCAACGAGCGGACCCUGGCGCUGAUGAAGCCGCGCGCCAUGCUCAUCAACACGUCGCGCGGCGCCCUGCUCGACUCGCGCGCCGUCAUCAAGGCCCUCAAGACGAAGCACCUCGGCGGCCUGGCCCUCGACGUCUACGAGGCCGAGGGCUCGCUCUUCUACGACGACCACUCGGGCGAGAUCAUCCAGGACGACGUCCUCAUGCGCCUCAUCACCUUCCCCAACGUCGUCAUCUGCGGCCACCAGGCCUUCUUCACCGAGGAGGCCCUCAAGGAGAUUGCCGAGUGCACGCUGCGCAACCUCGAAGAGUUUGCCGAGCGGGGGACCUGCACCAACUCGCUGACGGAUUCCAUCAAGAAGAAUGGCAAGGGGCCGCUGCCCGUUCGCAAUGUCUAGGGGCAAGACAAUGUGGUCAAGUUGCUUCGAAGUGGUCAGAUUGAAACGAAUUGGCCCAGUUGAUUCGAAGGAAAAUUACACAUGUAUGCUGCGCUUUCGUCUAUCCUACUAUAUAAAAACUGUAUCGGGUA